AUGCAAACACAAACAACAGUAAGAGCAAAGACCACAAAAAAAAUGCUUUACAGCAGCAUUGGAGUUUCAGUAGCUGCAUUAGCUUUGGCAUAUGUAAUCGGAAGCGUCUUCUACAAGUUCUACGCAGUGGAAGACAAAACAAUGGGAACCAUGUUUUACUCAUGGAGGCUUGGGGGAGCUGACGACGUAGCCUUCAUGCAGAAGUCCGACAAGUUCAAGCCCACAGAUGCCCAGAAAGAAAAGGCAAGCCACCUAGACAUGGCUAUAGACAAAAAUGAAAGUCACCGCCCGAUUCAUGUCCCAAGAAACAAAGAACAUCAUUUAACUUUUGCGUUCCCAAACAUUGAUGUAUUCUUCACACUGUGGAAUGUAUUUUCGAAACGCCAGAGCGAGAUAGAGAAGAAAUAUCCGGCAGAAAAGAAAGAAAUGCUGAAAGAAUAUCUCAAGGUUACCGAAGGAACUCCUGUUUUCACAAACGAGGAUUGGGAGGACUCAUCCGAAAACUUCGUUAAGCGUUCUCUUUACGAUUACUACAGCAAACUGGGAGCGCACCCAGAGCAGAGAGAGCUUGUAAAGAAGGUAACGCCAAUGAUUCUGUCAUUUAUCCAGGAUAUGAUGGGAAACAAAGACUACAGAUACACAGGAAUGGAGCCGUCUGAAGAGGCUGUUAAUGACUUGGCAGACAUUAUAUACGAGUUUAUUGCGCCCGGGCACCUAGGAGAAGAGUCGUUCAGACAAUACAUAGAAAAAAACGACGAUUCAGAGAGAUUCCUUGAGAAGCGGGGGAUAGUGUCUGAUGACAAAAAGGAGUUCUCAAAGAAGCUUUCCAGAGCCUUCUUCGAUGGCGCAACCAACGGCUCCCUGCACCCAUACUUUUCGCUUGGGUACUCUAAUAUGGUAAAUGUUGUUUUGUACUUGUCUUUGGACAUGGACAACCUGGAAUAUGAGAAAGAUGCAAAAGUCGAUGCGGCGGAGUCUUUCAAGAGCGUGGCACAGGAGCAGCAAAUUGCAGCAAACAAGAUAGCUGCAAUAACCUCAGCAAUUGCGUUUGGAAUGGCCAAGAACUUGUCUCCAAGCGAGCCGGUUGGAAUUGAAACAGUCCGAAAACAUUUAAAUCCAGUGCGAUUCAUGCUUUUCACAUCUAAGGUCGUAGACCCAAGCCCGCAUGAUGAGAGCAAUCUGGAAAAAAUUCUGGAGAACCUUAAAAAGAAAGAAAGUCUUAUUAAGCAGAUUUUUGUUUAA